CAUACUAUUUCAAAGAAGCGUUUGUUUUGCAGAUUUGAUGAGCACCAAUAACAAAUCGGACGAAGUUAAGAAAGAAAAGAUGAAACUCAAAACAAUGGAGGCAUUCCUGAUGCUCGAGGCUGAUACAGCAGCCAGUCUAGAGAGAGAAAAUCGCGACCCUCAACAGUUCCUUCUUUUGUUGGGAAAUAUAAUUUCAGGUCUCCUAAUGGAUCCGAGCAUUGGAGAUAUUCGUAUCUCUUACGUAGUUUCGGGAAUAAUUGUAAUCGACAAAAAGGUUUUAGAAGUAGAAUACACAGAUACCAAAAAGUUAUGGAUGAAGAAGUUGGCAAAUUAUUUAAGAUCUAUUAACAACCCAGACGAUGCUAGCCCAGAUCAUUUUGACGUAUGUUCCCUUAUAUACAGCAUGAGAAGUGGAGUCGGCGGACUCGCUUCUCUCAGGAGCAUGUGCAAGAUAGUGGCUGGAAACGUUAACAAUAUGGUGGGCCUACAAACUGCGCUCGUAAUCGCUCACGAAACUGGUCACAACAUGGGUGUGCCUCACGAUGGAAGCAGGGCCGACUGUCCAGAGGGUACCUACAUUAUGGCACCCGCACUCCCAGGGGGUCGAUCCGCUGAAACUUGGUCUCCGUGCAGUAGCGAAAUCAUUCAAGAUUUCCUGAAUAGUAACAGAUCAUCGUGUUUAAAUGACAAAGCCCAAAACGAAGCAACAGUGGUUUAUAAGGAAAUAAAACCGAGAAGUAUUCCCGGCAACAUAAAAUUUGACACACUAGGAGUCAGGACUGCACGUGAUACAACAAAGUUGAUUGAUCUUAAAAAGUUCAACCAGGGGAAACAAUUAGAGAGGUUUCCUGGCGAAAUCAUGAGUGCAGACGAUCAAUGUGCCUUGCAGUAUGGAAAGAACCACAGACAGUGCUACCAAAAAAGGACUGACUGCGGUAGCUUGUGGUGUACAUUGGACGGAUACUCAUGCUUUAGUCAAACUGCCCCUAUCGCAGAUGGAACUCCCUGUGGAAGCAGACAGUGGUGCAUUAAAGGAGAAUGUGUUGACAAUGGACGUCCUCAUAUAAAUGGCUGGUGGAGCGAGUGGUCGAACUUUACAUCCUGUUCUCGAACGUGUGGUGGAGGAGUACAACACAGAAAACGAACAUGCACAAACCCACCGCCAUCGAACGGAGGGAAAACAUGCGAGGGAAAACCAACAGGACAUUGGAGAAUUUGUAGCAUUCAGGCUUGCCCUGGAACCUCGGUAACUAGUUACCGUAAUGAACAGUGUGUGAAAGCAAGAGGACCUGGAUCAUCUGCAUUUUACUACGGAAAUCCAUGCAGCUUGUAUUGUAAAUUGGGGAACACGGCACAAGGAUAUGGAAUCGUUGCAGACGGCACCAGAUGCAAAAAAGACCCCUCUAUUUUUGAUGUCUGCAUCAGAGGCGUUUGUAAGACUGCUGGCUGCAAUCAGGUUUUGGAAUCAGAUGAAAAAAUUGAUAGAUGUGGAGUGUGUGGGGGGAAUGGAAACUCGUGCAAACAUGUGAAAGGUGUAUACAACAGACAAUGGAAGGAAACUGGAAAGCAGAAUGCAGAUCUGAUUGUUGAGCUUCCCCCUGGAACAAUGAAGGCCAAGUUUGUAGAAAAAUCGGCAACCUACAACAAGAUAGGUGUUAAGUCAAAGGACGGCGACUUUGUGAUCGAUCCUGAUAAAAGCGCAAAUGUCAAGCUUAGCUACGCUGGAGCUACCAUCUUCUACUCAAACAAGAAGAAACGAUACGCUGAUACACUACAAAUAACUGGGCCAACCACUGCAAAACUUAAAAUCAUGUUUAUAGCGGUGUAUGGAGAGAACACUGGUGUUGAGUACGACCUUUUUUAUCAUGUUAACCAUCAUAUAAAACUUCAGUACAGAUGGAUUGUUGGAGAUUGGUCAGCGUGUUCAGCUACAUGCGCGAGGGGUAUUCAAAGGCGAAAGAUUCACUGUGUUCUAAUGGAAGACGGCUCACCUGCCAGUGACCAGGCCUGCGAUCAAAGCCAGCGGCCAAUUGAUGAACACGAAUGUAACCAGCAGCCUUGUCCCGCAGAAUGGAAGGUAACCAGUUGGACUCCUUGUUCCAAAACUUGCGGGACUGGUGUUCAGACAAGAAGAAUGACGUGUCACCAAAGGAUCAGCUUUGUCCAGUACCAGGAAAUAUCUCCCUCUCACUGUGACUCAAAUAAGCCCCCGGGUGUUAGCCAGCUCUCUAAAAUUUGCAACAAGAUACUUUGCAAGGCAGAAUGGAAAAUUGAGUCACAGUGGUCAGCGUGUUCCACUCCUUGCGGUCCUGGCUUUCGACAGCGUAAAGUUAGCUGCAUUCUGAUUGAUGAGGAUGGAAGACCUACUAAAGUCCCAGAGCAACAAUGUUCCAUUCUAGAAAAGCCAGCAGACAAGCAAGAUUGUGACAGUGAGAGAAUAUGUCUAAACGGUGGAAAGUACCAAUGCUACCCGACAAGCCCUUGUGAGAAUGGCGCAGUCUGUAUUGAGCAGCCACCUGAAAGCUACAAGUGUGAUUGCUUAGAAGGAUUUAAAGGCAGCAAUUGCGAAGUGGAGAUUGACCCUUGCGAUAGUAAUCCUUGUCAAAACGGAGGAACUUGCCAACGUGAUUCAGAAUCGUCACUAGCAUAUGAUUGCAAGUGUACUGAAUGGUACAAAGGGAAACACUGUGAGAAGAACAUCCUUCCAUGCAGUAGUAGUCCUUGUCAUAACCACGCUACCUGUAUUGACGAUCCAAAUGAUCCAACAAAUUUUUUCUGUCAGUGUACAAGGUGGUUGACGGGAAGAUACUGUGAAAUAAAGAAAACUAAGUGCGACGAAGAACCUUGUAAGGAUCGAGGAUACUGCCUGAGCAAUAAAGUGGAUCCUUCCUGGUACAAAUGCUACUGUCAUGAUUGGUUUAAAGGAACAAACUGUGAAACUCAGAUUUUCCCCUGUGAUUCAAAGCCGUGCCAAAAUGGAGCUGUUUGCAGCAAUGACGCCAACAACAUCGCAGAGUAUCACUGUCAAUGUAAAACGUGGUUCACUGGCAAAAACUGUGAAGUGCAACUGACUGCUUGUGAUAGUGAUCCUUGUCUCAACGGUGGAUAUUGUGAAAGUGACCCCCAAACUCCUGAGUUAUACGAGUGUCGCUGUGGAGAUUGGUUCAAAGGAGCCAACUGCCAAGCUCGGAUAUUUCCCUGCGAUGUCAAACCUUGUUUUAAUGGAGGAACCUGUAGAAAUGAUGAAAUGGAUAUAUCCGUGUACCACUGCGAUUGUACAGACGGUUACUUUGGAAAGAAUUGCCAAGUCCCAUCUUACAUCGAAAUUGGUUGCUUUGGGUUUUCUAAAUCAAUAUUGAAAGACGUUCUUGCCAAUCACAAAAAUGAUUUUGAUCCAGCGAAAGUUAAAACGUACAUUAAGGAAUGCGGGGAGCUAGCAUUCCAGAAGGGUUACAGUCAUUUUGCUCUGGGCCUUAACGGCAAUUGCCUGUCAAGUGAGCAUGCUGAGAAAGAGUACUUCGUGAAAAAAGGCACCAAGCCACAAAACUGCAAGGAUGGUAUUGGAAGCAAGUCUUCAAUCGAUGUUUAUACCUUUGAACAUGUACCAAAAUUUGUUGCUCAAGGUUGUUUUGUUGAAAAAAGCAAGGGGGCGAAGUUGUUGAAAGUCAAAUACGCCAGUUUCUAUAGCAACUCAGACCCGAAGGCAACCGUUGUGUACUGUUCUACCUUAGCUCGGGACAUGAGCUACGAGUUUUUCGCUGUGCAGAAUGAAGUGGAAUGUUGGACCAGUAAAGACAUUGCGAAGACGUACAACAAGUAUGGAAAAUCGGAAAAUUGUGUUGGUGGAGUUGGCAAAGUGUUAGCAAACUUUGUGUAUCGUCUGCAGCCUUCGUAUCCUUAUCCUACUGGUUGCGAUAGUGAUCCGUGCCAGAACAAUGGGUUUUGUGUCGUGAACAAGGAUUAUAAACUACAGUACACAUGUGAAUGUCAAGAGAUGUUCAUCGGUAAAAACUGUGAAGUUCAAACCUUUCCGUGUGACAGCCAACCUUGUUUGAAUGGAGCAAUUUGUGCAAACGAUGUCAAAGAUGUAACAAAAUACCACUGCAAAUGCACCAGCGACUACAGCGGAGUCAACUGCCAAGUACCUUCGUUCAGGCAAAUCGCCUGCUUCAAAUACUCUAAAAGCCUUUCAGUCCUUGGCGACUUCAGGAAUGAUUUAGAUUGGAAGGCAGCGGACGCCACUGUGGAGAAAUGCGCCGAACUGGCAUUUGAUAAGGAAUACAAACAUUUCACACUUGGAAAUAACGGAUUGUGUCUCUCUGGAGAAGAUAUCAGUCAACGUUACUAUGCGGGAGGAGGGAUGGGAGCCAACAAGUGUAAGCAGGGCAUUGGACUUAGCGGCGCCAUGUACGCUUACACCUUUGAGGACGUCCCCAAGUUUAGUGCUGUUGGAUGCUACAAAGAAAACAAAGGUUCCAAGAGGCUCGUGAAGAGAAAGUAUGCGUCUUUUGUGAGUCAGAAAAAUGCUGCAAAUCCUGAAGCUACCAUCAUGCAAUGCGCGUUUGUUGCACGUGAUAUGAAAAUAGAGUAUUUCGCGCUGCAAAACUAUGGUGAGUGCUGGACAGAUGAUACUUUGGGGAAAGCGUACGAGACAUACGCAAAAGCUGACGAAAGCAGUUGCAAGGAUGGGAUCGGCGGAUUUCUAACCAACUUUGUUUAUCACUUGAUGAUUUAGUGGCGGACUGCUCGUCAAGACCUCAAGUCAAGCAUCGCAAAAGUUUCACAAAGCUAAAUAGUUUUUUUUUUUUUUUGCCGUUUGAUCGUAAAGUUAGACGUGUUGGGAAGUUUUAAGUUAGGCCACUUCCUGUGAAUAGUUUUUACUUCGUUAGCUACUUUGGCUAUGAUAAGUAACUUAAGGUCUAGAUAGCAGCAGACACGUAAAGAUUUUAAGGAAAACGACCAAUUUUUUUAAGUUUAAAAGACAUGUU